CCGGUUUCCCAUCGGCCAACUUGGGUAUAAAGCAGUUCACUUCGCAGUUUUUCCCCAUUUUCUUUCAAUCUGCUUUUACAGUUUUACAGCGUCGUUUUCGGAAGUGUAGUUUUCGAAGGUUAUUAGAAAAUUACAGAGUUUAUCAUUUAUGUUCGUGUUGUAAGUGCGCAGUUUGAUUUGUCGUUCGUUUACAUCGAUCAAUAGAGAUGCCAAAUCGUAAGAAACCGUUUAGCGUCAAGCAGAAGAAACAGCAGAUGUUACAAAAGCGGGAAAGGAAACGAAACCGAAGCGGCGAACUGCAGACUACGAGCGACGAAGGUGAUGUGGACGAUGCCAUAAUUCUGACUGGGGACUUUCAAGAAGAAAAUCCGCCGGGAUUGAACGUUCGCGUCGCCAAAGUUAAUCAGCAACCUGGAUCUCAGCAGCUUCAUUCGAAAGCGAAGAAUGAAUAUGAUCCCAACCGUUACCGACUGCAUUUCUAUCGCGAGUCAAAGGAAGAACUGAAAUUGCGGAAGGAAAAAGCUUCGCUGCCAGUGGAAGCGGUUCCCGAGGAGAAGCUGGAGAUGAGCUUGGAGGAUAUUUACCGACCUGGUUCGGAGUUGGACAUGCCUCGACGCCCGCCGUGGGAUUACACCAUGAAGAAGGAGCAGCUGGAUGCACAGGAGCAGAAGUACUUUCAGAGUUAUGUCGAGAAGAUAUUCGCUGCUCAUCAGGAUUCCGAGGAUUUGUCGUACUUCGAACUGAAUCUGGAAACUUGGCGCCAGUUGUGGCGUGUGAUGGAGAUGAGCGACGUGUUCCUAGUCAUUGUGGAUCUUCGUUUCCCAGUUCUACAUUUUCCUCCGACAUUGUAUAAAUAUUUAAUGGAAGAAUUGAAAAAGCCGAUCAUUCUUAUUCUCAAUAAAAUCGAUCUGGUGCCUCCGCCGCUGGCCGUAGCCUGGCGGCAGUAUUUCUCUUCGACGUAUCCUUCCUUGAAAGUGGUUCUGUUCGGUUCCAGUCCUCGUACAGCUGCGGAUCUGGAAAGGAUGUUCAAAAAGAAGAAGCCAACUAAACGCAGCAAAUACCAGAUCUGCUACGGUGUACGCGAGAUAUUUGACUACUGUUCCGAAGUAGCCAAAGGGGAAGUCGACAUGACGUUGUGGAAACAGCGACUGGAUGCUGUUGAAUCGGGAGGUGCACUUCCGGAUAAAGUGCCGAUUCCACCGGCGGAUGUUCAUCAGAUGGACGGACACCAUGUUCCCUUCAAAGACGGUGUGCUGACCAUUGGUUGCAUCGGAGAACCGAAUGUCGGCAAAUCUUCCGUGAUCAACGCGUUAAUGGGUCAGAAAGUUGUGUCUGUCUCGAAAACUCCCGGCCAUACCAAGCAUUUCCAAACCAUAUUCCUUGCUCCGAAUGUUAAGCUCUGUGAUUGUCCUGGAUUGGUCUUUCCGGCUACUGCGCCCAAAGUCCUGCAGAUUAUCGGCGGAAUCUAUCCCAUUUCUCAAGUAUCGGAUCCAUAUAACGUUAUCGGCUAUUUGGCCGCUCACCUGCCACUCAUUCAACUGUUGAAACUGAGACAUCCAAACGGGGAAACGGCCAAAUUCUCGGCGUUAGACAUUUGUGAAGCGUGGGCGUUGAAACGAGGAUUUUUCACGGCGAAGGCAGCCCGACCGGAUGUGUAUCGAGCCGGCAAUCAUUUGUUGCGCAUUACGCUGGAAGGGAAAAUAUGUUUGCGAAUGUAUCCACCGGGCUACGUGGAGCACAAGAAACAUUUCGAGAAUCUGGCCGAAACAAAACAGUUGACAGCGGAAUUGGAACAAUUAGAACAAAAGCUGCAUGGUGGUGCUUCGGAAGGGGAGAGGAACCCAGCGAAAGGCUCAGAUGACGAUGACGACAGCGAUACGCUCUCGACGGAAGAGGAGACUGACCGGCAGCAUUGCUUUGAACAGAUUGCGGGGAGUAACAAGUUUGCAGCGCUGGGAAUUUCGUCGGAUUGAUUUUUUGCGGUGGUUGUAUGAUCGUAUCGCUUUUUAAGAUUCAAACUUUUUUGUUUGUAUUCUUUUGGUUACUGUUUGCUGUCUCGAUUUCCAUUAUCAAAACCAGUGUUCUGGCUUUCCGACUUCUGGAAUUUCUUGCUUAAACAGCAGUGCUCCUUUUGUGGACGUUUCCUAUGUGAUAUGCGCGUCUCCUGUGAAAGAUCGGUUAUUCUGCUUCUUGUACGAUUUAUGUGAAGUAAUAACAAGUUUGAAACUGAAACUGCUCAGAUAAUUCAGAAGGAGA